UUCCAGCGGCGUGCAGUCACAGUGCUGCGUUCACGGCGCGCGGACGAAAGACACUUGCUGCCACAGCUGUCUUUCACUUUAAAUUUGUUUGGAGACUCGAACUUCUUCAUCAUCUUCUUCUGCUUCUUCUUACUCCGCACGUUCGAAGGACUUUUCCACGCGGGGGAAGAAUGCAGAGAGAUGAAGUCUCCACGAGUUGGUCGUAAUGAGCGCGUCCGGAGGUUGACAAGCGGUUUUUAUGGAUCCACUCAGUGACUGACUUUUCUUAUUUUUUUCUAUUUCUUCUUUUUUUCCGUCCCUGCUUUGUUAGUUCCAAAGUAAAAGAGUGAAUUUUUUAUUAAUAUCAAUAAUUGCAUUGAAGGUUGUUGCGCGUGCUCUGCUAAUUUGGACUUGAAAAAGGAUAUUGUGCUUUUAUUUUUCCUAUUUCCUUCAAAAGCGGAUUAAUCUUUGGGAUUUUUUUUUCCUCCUAAAAUCAUCGGAAUCCACAUCUUCAACAUGAAGUCCCACACUGCGUGGAUUUGCAUCUGCAGCUUUCUCCUGCUCUUAGAUGAGACGUCCGGUUCCUGGGACGGCUCCUCGGCCUUGUUCGUGGCGCCCUCGGCCGACGGCGACCCCGGGUCCGAAGGCGCCUCGUCGGAACUGGUGGACUGCAUCCAGGCCAGCGACAUGUGCAACCAGAACCCGCACUGCAGCUCCCGGUACCGCGUGAUGCGCCAGUGCCUGGUAGGCAAGGAGAAGGAGGCCAUGCUGGACAACAACAGGGAGUGCCAGGCGGCAUUGGAGGUGCUUCUGGUCAGUCCGCUGUUCGACUGCCGCUGCAAGAGAGGCAUGAAGAAGGAACUGCAGUGUCUCCAGAACUACUGGACCAUCCACAUGGGACUCACCGAAGGUGGCGACAUGGAGGACUCAUCGCCGUAUGAACCAGCACCACCCGGACGACACCAGGAUGCUUUCCGCUUGGCCUCCAUCUCUUCAGGGAUGCUCACAGUGGCCCCAAAAGGAUUCCACUGCGCCGACGCCGAGAGAACCUGCAACCCCUGCCUGGACGCGGUCAAAGCCUGCAACCUCAACGGCACCUGCAAGAGGCACCGCUCGGCGUACAUCGCCACCUGCAUCAAGGAGGACACCAACAAAGGGGAAACCUGCAGCAAGAAGCGCUGCCACAAAGCGCUCAGGCUCUUCCUGGACCGCGUGCCCGCCGAGUUCAGCCACCGCCUGCUCUUCUGCCCCUGCCAGACCGAGGGCUGCGCCGAGCGCCGGCGCCAGACCAUCGUGCCCGAUUGCUCCUACCGAGAAAGGGACACGCCCAACUGUCUGGAGCUGAGGAAGAUCUGCCGCCAGGACACGCUCUGCAGGUCCAGGCUGGCUGAUUUCAUGGCGAACUGCCGCAGCAUCCCACCCACGGUGAGCACCUGUCCCAACCAAGACAAUCACCAAGCCUGCUUGGCCUCCUACACAAGACUCAUCGGGACGGAGAUGACGCCCAACUAUGUGGACAGCAACUUCAGCCAGUGGACCAUCUCGCCGUGGUGCACUUGCAAAGGCAGCGGAAACCAAGAGGAAGAGUGCACCGACUUCCUGAGGAGCUUCUCCGACAACACCUGCCUGAGAAAUGCCAUUCAGGCCUUUGGUUAUGGUCUGGACUACAUGACCAUCAAGAACGCAUCCGUUUUCGACCCCUCGGCCACGAUGAAGACGGGGUCGGACAGAUCGGCAUAUACCACGGAGCCCCCGUUUGUGACCAUCGUGAAGUAUCCGGAACCGAGAGACGGCGGACCGGGCAAACCUCAGGGCCUGCCAGAGGAUCAGUGCGCGUGUGUGCGUGCCAACGUCUGGGCUCUGCUCCCCGGCCUGGCCUUGGCUCUGCUCCUGGCUCAACACGCCUUAUAGAAGUGCCAGGACGGGGGAGGGGAGGUCGCCCUCCCACCAGCUCGUCCCAAAAGCAGAAGGUGUCGUUUCUCCACUGAUAUGAAGAAGGCCCGUUUGAUUUGAAAGGGAAAAGUCAUUCAUUUGAUGUCAUCCCAUCACGGAACUACGGACGGGACUUCUUUUACAAACGGACCCUCGCCGCCACGAGGGCCACACCCCCUCUGACAGAGACUUCUCGGGGGAAGAAAGGUUUAGAAAUACUUUUUGCUUCUUACGGGGGAGGGUCCGGUCCACCUCUUUAUCACUAUUGUAAACUCCAGAUCUGUAAAAGCUACUCCGUGGUCUUAAGUGUCGGUAUUUCGUAUCCGUGACCAUAAUCCAAUUACCGCAUUUUUCCGGGCGUGCGCUGUCGUUUUUUGGUCAUCCGAAGUGUUGCUGUUGACGCCGUACAUCCUCUUGCACAUGUGAAUAUAAAUGUCUCUAAAUGUAUUUAUUGGUGGAAAGUGGGCGGCGGGGGAAGACUAUUUUCCUUUUUUUCGUUCCAAGGAUAUCCGCAGUGUGGAGUGAAAUGAAUGGCCAAACACACGUAACGAUGUUUUUACUCACGAGUAUAAAAACGAUUUUCUUCAAGGAAAAAAAACAAUUCACAUAUUCAAAAACAACAUUUUCUGCAAGUAAAACAACAAUUUGGAGAUUAAAAAAAAAUGAACAAGCACGAAAAGUUAAGAAAAAAAAACAACUUUUUACAAGUAAAUCAACAAUUGCGUUAAAAAAAACGAUUUUCUUCAUUUAAGAACAUUUUGCACGUUUCCUGAAUGAAAAAAACUAUUCACAAAACACGAUUCGCAAGUUAAAAAAAUAUCCAUCCAUUUCCUACCGCUUAUUCCCUGUACCCCGCCUUCCGCCCGAUUGUUAAAAAUAUAUAUUUUCUUUCAUUUGCAAAUAUGUAUAAUGUUGUCUGCAACUAAAAAACUAAUCCCAUGUAAAAAAAAACAUUUUACCAAAAACUAUUGGCAAGUAAAAAAUACAACUUCCAAAGACACGCACCUGGGGAUAGGUUGAUUGGCAACACUAAAUGGGCCCUAGUGUGUGAAUGUGAGUGUGAAUGUUGUCUGUCUAUCUGUGUUGGCCCUGUGAUGAGGUGGCGACUUGUCCAGGGUGUACCCCGAUUGUAGCUGAGAUAGGCGCCAGCGACCCCAAAAAGGUAAUAAGCGGUAGAAAAUGGAUGGAUGGAUAUACAAUUGGAAAACGAUUCGCAAACUAAAAAAAAAAUAUAUUCUCUUUAAUUUAAAAAAUUAUUUGCAGGAACAAAAAAAUUAUUUGGUUGAAUUGAAAAAAAAAUGUCUUGCAAGAAUGAAAAAUAUAGUCUGUAAAAGACAUAUUCUGCAAGUAAAAAAUUAACCUAAGGUAUAAAAACUGUUUUCUGCACAUAAAAAAACCGAUUCACAGGUUAAAAAAAGUAGCAACAGUCAAAAAAAACAAAAAACAUUUUGCAUGUAAAAAAUGAAAUCAUUUUCUUCAGUUAAAAAAACGAUUUGUGCGGAAAAAAAAAAAUACAAAAAAAAAAUCUGCAAACAAAAAUUCCAUUCCCAUUCAUAAAAACAAUUUUCUUUAAUGUAAAAAAAAUAUUUACAAAAACAGAUAAAUUGAUAGAUAGACAGAUAGUACUUCAUUGAUUCUUUCAGGAAAAUAAAAAUUCCAGCAGCAAUGUACAGAGUUGAGAUCAAUUUACAAAGUAAAAAGUAAAUAAUGGGGGUAUAAAUGGAAACAAAAUAGAAAAAUAUUACAAUAAGAAUAAAAAUAAAAAGCAACAAUGGGAAUACAAAUAUAACAGUAAACAAUUGGCAAGUAAAAAAUAAAAGUACUGUAUUCAAUUAGAAAAUGACUCGUAAGCAAAAAAAAACAUUUUGCUUAAUUUUGAAAAAUUAAUUGUACGAACAAAAAAUUAUUUGGUUGAACUAAAAAAAACUAUUUACAAGUAUGAAAAAUAUAGUCUGCAACUAAAAAAAACGAUUUAAUUCGAUAACAAUUUUUCUUCAAUUAAAAAAAACGAUUUGUGCAUAAAAAUAAAAAAAAAAUUCUGCAAGUGAAAAAAUUAAUCCAAUGUUUAAAAAAAACAUUUUGAACUUACAAAAUGAUAAGCUAUUUUAUUUGCCAAAUUUGUAUUAUUAUUUUUUUUAAUUGCAGGAAAUGGUUGUUUUAUCUGCAAUUCGUUUAAAAAAAAAAACAUUUUUGUGUGUGUUUGGCGGUCAUUUCACUCCAAACGUGGAACAUGAAGACUGUGUUUGGCGACCAAACUGACUUCUCACUUUUUUGGAAGGCCUUCAUUAUCUGCGCUGAAAUAAAUGUGUCUAUAUAAGGAAUGAUGACAAAGAAUGUAACAGGAAUGAGAUUAAAUGAACUACGUCUGCUCCGAAA